GGACCUCUCGCGCCCCCUCAACAUCCCCCCCGAAUGCGCCCCCAAGGCCGGGAAGCGCCGCCGCGCUUGCAAGGACUGCACCUGCGGCCUCGCUGAGCGCAUCGCCGCCGAGGACGCUGCCGCCCGCGCCUCCGCGGACAAGGCCCUCGCGGCCGUCAAGCUCGGCGCCGACGACCUUGCCGAGGUCGACUUCACCGUCCAGGGCAAGGUCGGCUCCUGCGGCAACUGCGCCCUCGGCGACGCCUUCCGCUGCGACGGCUGCCCAUACAUCGGCCUGCCGCCCUUCAAACCCGGCGAGGAGGUGCGCAUCCUCACCAACGAUAUCCAACUAUGAAGAAACGGGAUUACUCUUCUUUUUUUGUUCUCUUUUUUUCUUUCUUCCAUUCCCUCUUUGGACAGAAACCCGGGUACUGGCGUUCAAUUGUCGUGGCGCGGGAGGAGCCUGGUAUCACAUACUACGAUAUACAUAUAUCUAUAUCCGUCGGCACAUGCAUUUUGGCGGGAUGGAGUGGGGGGGGAGACUUUGCGUGGCGGCAGAGCCAGCCAGCCGGCCAGCCAGCCACAUGCGGUGAAGGAUAAAAAGGCGCAUAAUGGGUGGUGUUUUUCACUUUGGGCGUAAUGAGAGAGAAUCAGAGAGACGACACACUUGCAACAUGGAGAGAGUAGGAAGACGG